CCGCCCAGCGCCAUGGCCGACGAGCUCGACUUCACCACGGGCGAUGCCGGCGCCUCCUUCACCUACCCCAUGCAGUGCUCGGCGCUGCGGAAGAACGGCUUCGUGGUGCUCAAGGGCCGCCCCUGCAAGAUCGUGGAGAUGUCCACCUCCAAGACGGGCAAGCACGGCCACGCCAAGGUUCACUUGGUUGGUAUUGAUAUCUUCACUGGUAAAAAAUAUGAAGAUAUUUGUCCAUCAACUCAUAACAUGGAUGUUCCCAAUAUCAAGAGGAAUGAUUACCAGCUGAUAGGUAUUCAGGAUGGGUAUCUCUCCCUGCUGACAGAAAGCGGUGAAGUUCGUGAGGAUCUAAAGCUGCCAGAAGGGGAUCUUGGCAAAGAAAUAGAAGGAAAAUUCAAUGCCAAUGAAGAUGUGCAGAUAUCCGUCAUAAGUGCAAUGAAUGAAGAAUGUGCUGUAGCCAUAAAGCCUUGCAAAUAAAGAGGAUCACCAGGCUCGGGCAACUGCUCAGGUCUGGACAAACCACAGAUCUAUAAAUUUGGUUCUUAUUGUCACCAAAGCUCUGGCCUUCACAAGCAACCUCAUUUCUUUUCUGAAUUGUUAAAAAGCAGUGCUGGAUUCUGGAUUAGUGUUGCAGGCUAACUGGCAGUUUUCAAAAUCACUGAGAUUUUAAUUCCUUAAUUGUAACUAUUUUAACAUUCCUGUAGGUUUCAGCUAUGGAUCUGAGAAACCAAUCAGGUGUUACUAGUGGAUAUAUUUUUAUUUGCUUGAGCAAAACAGUGUUUGUCUGUAUGAACAGACAAAAUACAGUAUUCAGGGGCUUUUAGAUAAGCUGGUAGGUAUCUAGGAUUAUAAAGUGACCUAGAGCACAAAUAGUAUUUUUCUUGACAUGUUUAGGUAGAACUGACAAUAAUAAGUAGCUUUUUUUUUUUUUUUUUCUUUUUUCUUUAAAGCUUAAGUAUUUUGUGGAUUGGGACUCUUGCAGAACUGUAGGUGCCAAUCGCAACUUUUAGACCAAGAAACUCAAGUGAUCAAAAAUGCCAGCUGGCUUGACCAAGCCCCAGUGGCCAUGUGCAACUUAACUGUAUUACCUCUGUAUUCUUCUUUGCCAACUUGUUGGCUUAUUGUAACGAUAAAAUGGUGUCAAAGCCUACCUGUGGUUUAGGCAGGCAGUUGGAAUAUUGGGUAGAUAAGACAUAGACAGGUCAAGGGGACACAAAGGUGAGAAUGGAUGUUAAAGCUAUAGACUUUCACUCGAGGCCUUUGUCAGACUUGAAAAAUAAAAUAGUAAAAUGCAGUUCAA